AUGGUCUCCACGCGACACCAUCCGCGCGAAUUCCCCUCGCCUGAAAAGGCCUCCAAGGAGCUUGUCAAAUCAUCGCCUGCCCCGACAACCAACGGCACCUCGCGCAAAUGGGUUCACACUCCGUCCGCGGCCCUGACCGUCUGGCUGGUCGUCUCGCUGCCGCUGGUCGCCUGGGAUGCGGGCUACGUCCUGUUGCGACCGCAUAGCAUGCCGGGAGGCCGAUUGCACUCCCCCAUCUGGACUCCUUAUGCGCUUUACGGCACCGUCGACUAUAUCUACGGCUGGCCCGCCUAUAAUGCGCACAAUGGCUUCACCGCCGCGCAGACCUUUAUGAACAUUGUCGAGACGCUCGGCUACCUCUACUAUCUAUACAUUGUGUAUGCACACGGCUCCACUGUCACCAGUGGUCGCGGCGCGCAGAAGCAGCUGAAGAAGGGCUUGGUGUGGCUACUGGCGGGCGAAAAGGUCGUCGCUGGCAAGACUGGCGCGACCGCGCUUCUCGUCGCAUAUACCGCCUCUGUGAUGACUCUGAGCAAGACGCUCUUGUACUGGCUCAACGAGUUCUUCUCCGGCUUUGAUAACAUUGGUCAUAACGAUGCCGCCACCUUGAUCUUCCUGUGGAUCAUUCCAAAUGGCCUUUGGAUUGUCUUCCCUACCUAUAGCAUCUACACUCUUGGCGCGGAGAUUUUGAACUCCCUCGAGCAGGCGACCCCGCGUGGUAAGCCCGGGCGCCCCAAGGCGAUAUAA